UUUGGACUGUGAAAGAACCAUGAACCGAGUGCAGCAGAUCCAGACCUGCGGUCUAUGGGAGCUGAAGGAAUGCCUGGGGAAUGGAGGUUUUGGAAACGUGACGUUAUGGGUGAACAAGGACACGGAGGAGCAGAUUGCCAUCAAGCAAUGUCGUCAGGAGCUGAGUGAGAGAAAUAGAGAGCGCUGGUGUAUGGAGAUCCAGAUCAUGAAAAGACUGGACCAUGUGAACGUGGUAGCAGCCAGGGAGGUUCCCGAGGGUCUCCAGAGGGCCCUGGGGGUCAACGACCUGCCCCUGCUGUCCAUGGAGUACUGCCAGGGGGGGGACCUGCGCAAGUACCUGAACCUGUUGGAGAACUGCUGUGGAAUGCGUGAGGGUUCUGUCCUGAUCCUGCUUAAGGAUAUAUCCUCUGCUCUGACCUACCUUCACAAGAGGAGGAUCAUUCACAGAGACCUGAAGCCUGAGAACAUCGUCCUGCAGCAGGGAGAGAAGAGGUUGAUUAAUAAGAUCAUAGACCUGGGCUAUGCCAAGGAGCUGGACCAGAACAGCCUAUGUAUGUCCUUCGUGGGCACACUGCAGUACCUGGCUCCAGAGCUCAUAGAGAGGCAGAAGUACACGGUGACGGUGGAUUACUGGAGCUUUGGGACCGUGGUGUUUGAGUGCAUCACAGGGUUCCGCCCUUUCCUGCCAACAUGGACCCCCGUGCGCUGCUAUAACAAGCUGAAGCAGAAGCAUGAUGAUGACAUCCACAUCUAUGAAGAUCUAGCAGGAGAAGUUCGCUUCUCUUCACACCUGCCCCAGCCCAACAACCUCAACAGCCUGCUGCUGGAGCGUCUGGAGAAGUGGCUGCAGCUCAUGUUGAGGUGGUCCCCCCAGGAGAGGGGCAAGGACCCCGACGCCACGCCCAGCAACUGCUUCUCUCAGCUGGAGGCCAUACUGGAGCUGAAGCUAGUUCAUGUGUUGAACAUGGUCUCCGCUAAGAUGCUCGUGUACCCAGUCUCAGCCAGUGAGAGCGUCGCAGACCUACAGCAGCGAAUCGCGAGUGACACCGACAUCCCUCCAGCCAAUCAGGAGCUCCUGCUGGAGGCGGGACUAGCCCUGGAGCCUAGCGGGACGGCCGUGCAGUGUGCCGUGGACUAUACUGAAGUAGAUGGUCGUCGUGCCGACCUGCCCCUGGUCUUCCUGUUUGAUCGUUCCUCCUGCAGCUACGAGCCUCCAUUCAACCCACGCACCCUCCCUGAGAACAUACGCUUUGUCCAGAGGGACCCUAAGCAGGUGCUGUCCUACAGCCCUCAGAGGAGGACGUCAGGGCAGGCCUGGCACUCCAUCCGCUCCCUAAAGGAGGACUGGCAGCGGCUGCAGCAGGGCCAGAAGGUGGCCAUCAUGAGUUUGCUGAGGCACAACUCCUCUCUGUCCAAGCAGAAGAUCGAGAUGGUGUCCAUGCACCAGAGACUGACCGCCAAGCUGGAGUUCUUCACCACCAGCCUGCACAUCGACAUGGACAAGUACCAGGAGCAGAGGACCACAGGCAUAGCCUCCGAGAAGCUGCUUGCUGUGUGGAGAGACAUGGAGCAGACAGCAGUCAGCUGUGGCCAGGCGGAGAGUGUGAGUAAGCUGGAGGAGGAGAUGAUGAUGCUGCAGACCGACAUCGUGGACCUCCAGAGACAGCCCUGGAGGAGUGGAGAGGCUCUGGACACACUUGAGGGCAAAGCGAUGGAGCUGGUUCGUAAGCUGAGAGAGAAGCCCAAAGACCAGAGAGCCCCUGGAGACAGUCAGGAAGUGGUUCGCCUGGUGGUGCAGGCUGUCCAGUUCUACGAGAAGAAGCUACGAGACUUCUACACACACCUGAGCAAGACGGUGACGUGCCGGCAGCGAGCGAUGGAGAUGCUGCCCCGGGUGGAGGGCGUGGUGCAGAGCAUGGUGGAGAGCGAGCAGGUCCUCAUGAACCUGCAGGAGAAACGGCAGAGGGAGCUCUGGAACCUUCUCAAGGUGGCCUGUAGUAAGGUGCGCAGCCCUGUCAGUGGCAGUCCAGAUGGGGCACUCAACCACUCCUCAGUCCCCCCUCUACUGAGCCCCAGACACAGCCUACAGCACCUGGACGAGUCUCUGAUGGAGGAGAGCAGGACGUUUGAGAGCAGACUCCAGAGUCUGCUGAGAGAGACCACUCAGGCGGCCGAGAACGACAUGCAGAAGCUCAGAGACUGGUCCUGGCUGAGUGGAGAGCAGGAUCUCUCCAGCGACCUCUCUUGAGGCCACUGCCGUGUCGGUCUGCCAGGCCGUGUAAACCAUCGUCCUGCACAGCUCCUGUUUUUGUAAACCACCUGCACCCUGCAGUGCUUCAACCUACACCCACCCUGCCCUCUAGUGGUCAAGAUGAGCAUCAUCAGGAUUGUGGAUGGCUGCAAGUGUUCUAGCUUUUGGGAUACUUCGUAGUGUAAAAACAUUUAAGAGUUUAUUUCAUUCCUUCUCCAUCUGUUUCAAAGUUUCUGGAAACAUUUUGAUAUGACAUUUACCAAGUACCUUGGUUUUUCCAGGAGAAAAUGUUGCUGUUGUAAAUAAGUGUUAUUGUUUUAGUAUUGUGUGUGUGCAUAGUGUGUGGACAGGCAAGACAGUAUACUUUUCUUAUAGCCCUGAGAAUCUUGUUUUUCUUUUACCAAAAUGUAUUUAUUAUGAAUACAAUUUUACUAACUGAUGUAUUGGUGUUGAGAACAAAUUAUCCCUGUCAAGUUUGAAAUAGGAAACUUUGUUCAAACUGUGUAAAAAAAUUAUAUGCAUACACAAAA